AUGACGUCAUUCGUCGAGGGGUUAACCAGCCCUGAAAUGGAGAUCGCCGAGGGCGGAGUCAUUUUGGAUAAUAGAACACGAUUCGCCGAUUUGAAGGCAAUGUUGGAUAGUAACAAGGAUAAUCUCAAAGUGGACGCAAUGAAACGGAUUAUUAACCUAAUCGCGAAAGGAAAAGACGUGAGCGAACUGUUCGCAGCGGUUGUCAAAAACGUGGCGGCGAAAAAUGUGGAACUCAAAAAGUUGGUCUUCGUGUAUCUGGUGAGAUACGCCGAAGAGCAACAAGAUCUCGCUUUGCUCUCAAUUUCCACAUUUCAACGAGCAUUAAAAGAUCCGAAUCAACUGAUACGUGGAAGUGCUCUCCGAGUGUUGACGUCGAUUCGGGUGCCAAUGGUUGCUCCGAUUAUGCUGUUGGCGAUUAAAGACGCCGUUAGGGAUAUGUCUCCAUACGUACGGAAAGUGGCCGCCCAUGCAAUCCCCAAGUUGUAUUCAUUGGAGCCCGAAUUGGAGCCACAACUCGUCGAUUGUAUCGAUUUUUUAUUGGCGGAUAGGCGCAGUUUGGUGUUGGGAAGCGCUGUGUACGCGUUCGAUGAGAUUUGUCCGCACCGCCUGGAUCUUCUGCAUAAACACUUUAGAGCUCUCUGCAGAGGACUCGCCGAUGUCGACGAAUGGGGACAGAUUGUGAUGAUUAAUAUGCUUACGAGAUAUGCGAGACAUGAACUCGCCGAUCCGGAUAGAUCUCCACCGGAUACGGAUAUUGUGUUGCUGUUGAACUCGGCACGCCCUUUGUUGCAAUCCAGGAAUUGCUCGGUGGUGAUGGCGGUGGUGCAGUUGUUUUAUCAUGUGGCACCCAAAGCACAGUUGUCGCAGAUCGCCCGUGCACUCGUCCGUCUUCUCCGUGGGCCCCGUGAGACUCAAUACGUCGUAUUGACGAAUAUUGCAACAAUAUGUGAACAGAAUCCGGUAGAGGAAGGAACUUUCGCCAUCUCAAAAACAAUGUUCGAUCCGUUCCUGAAAUCGUUUUUCGUCCGCUCGUGCGACAGUUCUCUCGUCAAACAACUCAAAUUACACGUGUUGACGAGUCUUGUGUCGGAGAGCAAUGUGCAUAUUAUAUUGAGAGAGUUGCAGACAUACGUCCACAUGUCAGACCUUGCGUCCCCAGCCGUCGAAGCGAUCGGUCGUUGCGCAGUCCGUGUCGGAGCGGUCUCAGAUCAAUGUAUGACUGGAUUAGUCCAAUUAAUCUCGUCUUCUGACGAAAAAGUCGUCUGCUCUGCCGUCGUCGUCAUCAAACGUCUUCUCCACGCAUCGGCUCCCUUGAAUCUCCUAUCGAGACUCAUGAGAUUAAUGCCCAAAAUGGUCGCUGCACAGGCGAGAGCUUGUGUCAUUUGGCUUGUGGCCACUCAUGUCGAUCAGGUUAUUCAUAUGGCACCCGACUUCCUCAGACUCAUCGCCAAAAAGUUCUCCACGGAGAGCGAAUUGGUUAAGCUGGAAGCACUCAAACUGGCUGUAAAACUGUGGUUGGUGAAACGUGACGAUUCGGAGAAAAUAGUGCAAUACGUCUUUCAAUUGGCGCGUUUCGAUCUGAGCUACGACGUCCGAGACCGUUGUCGAUUCCUUCGAAAUUUGAUGUUUAAUACGGAGAUUUUGUCACAACACAUGGAAGAGAUCUUUAUGUCGAAGAAGCCGGCGCCCGAAUUGAUUUCCAGUUUUAAGGAAAGAGAUCAAUUUCAGUUGGGAUCUUUGUCGCAUGUUCUGAAUCAACGGUGCACGAAAUAUAUCGAUUUGCCGGAGUUUCCACAGGCGUCGAGUGAUCCGACAUUGAGAAAAGAGAUGAAUGCGCCGAAUGAACUCAAGUUGGAGGAUUCAGAAGAAGAAGAGGAUGACGAUGAGGAUGAGGACGAAGAAGAAUCUGGAGAAGAUGAGGAAUCUGGAGAAGAGGAUUCAGAUGAAGACGAGGAAGAGGAAGAAGAAGAAGAUGAGGAGGAGGAAUCGGAAGAAGACGACGAUGAAGAGGAAUCAGAAGAAGACGAGGACGAGGAGGAGGAGGAUAGUGAGCCGGAAGAGAAGAAACCAGCACCGAAACCAACGAAGAAGCCAAUGGCACCGGUGGAGAAAUCCGUGAAUGGGAAGUCGACACCAUCUUCUUCGGAAUCGAAUGCUUUGGAUCUUCUGAUCGACGUGGAUUUCUCGGCGGCCGGAAGUCGUCAAAUAAUGAAUCCAACUCGCAUCGAAUCGAAAGAAAUCGAAUUAUUAAAUGUAAUCGAAGGUCACGGACUGUCUCUAUCCAUCUCAUAUCCUCGAAUAAACGACGGACAGUAUACGGCCAUUCGAUUCGGAAUAAUCAAUAAAACAGACGAAGAUUUGGAAGGAAUCGAACUGAAAUCUGCCGAAGGACUCGAUGUCAAGGGGAAUUCCAGAAUUGAGCAAAUUCCAGCCUGCUCACGGGUCUCCGUCGAUUUAUUGAUUGAUUUUGGGGAUUCGGCGACGAGUAGAGAGUGGAUUCUAUCAAGAGACGACGGAAAUCAGAAACAUUUCCGGUUUGAGGUACCAUACGGUGAACAAGUGCAACCAAUCCGUCUGUCCUCCGAAGACAUUUCAAAGGAGAAAACGCGUCUGGGCGGUCUGAAUCGUCACGUCAUCCAACUGGAACGUCCGAUCGACGCCUCCAGAAUCCCUGAAGUCGUCAACGUCUUCAGAAUCAGCGAGAAUUCUGGAGUGUUCACGUGUCAAACCCGUUCGAGAAAAGACGUUUGUAUUCUGACAUUGGGGGAGGCGACGAUCGAAUGUUGUUGCGACAAUUCGGUGAUCGGGCGGAUGCUGGCGUUCGCCGUCUCGAAGAAUUGCUAA